AUGGCGGACAUCAACGCAGUCGCAAGGCAGUUUGCAGAAUACUAUUAUGGAAAGUUUAGUGCAAAUCGGGCAGAUCUCGUGCCGUUAUAUAGAGAACAAUCCAUGCUCACGUUCGAAAGCUCUCAACACAUUGGAGUUGGAAACAUCGCAGAAAAGUACACAGUCCGUAUACAAACCAGGCGGGGCCAAAAAGGCCUCCCAUUCGGCCAAGUUGCAGCUCGUAUUAGUACUCUCGAUGCUCAACCUACCCCCACCGGCAUCUGUAUCUUCGUCACCGGAGAGCUCCAGCUUGAGGAUCAGGAGCAACCUCUGAGAUUCUGCCAAUGCUUUAAUCUCGUUUCCGAAAGCGGUUCCUAUUGGGUUCUGAACGAUAUCUUCCGGCUGAACUACGGCUAA